GGUUGAUAAAUGGGACAUUGCGCAGUGAGAAAUAGGAAAGGGUAACAAGCUCAAGACAGAAAUGGGAAAAUCAAUUGUAAUCGUUGGCGCUGGUGUGAUUGGCCUAGACGUUGCGCUCUUGCUUGCGGAACGUGGCUACGGGUCACAUAUCACGGUCAUCGCAGAACAUUUACCUGGAGACACGUCAAUAAAUUACACAUCGCCUUGGGCUGGAGCAAACUUCUCCGCAAUAUCGGGUAACGAUGCGAAUGCUCUCCGCUGGGACAAACUUGGCUAUGGCCACAUGAUGAAGCUCGCCGAGGAACACGGUGUCGAAGCUUGCAUUUCGAAAACACCUUCAUUCGAGUACUGGGACGAAAUGCCAUCGCGUACCAAGAUCGAUUCAAUGUCUGAAUACCUCAAAGAUUUCAAGAUUCUCGCCAAAUCAGAUAUCCCGGAAGGAUGUCAGUUUGGAGUUUCCUUCACUACCAUCACUGUCAACGCACCAAGAUAUAUCCAAUAUCUGCACCGGUUACUGAAAGAGAAAUACGGCGUAACUUUUAUUCGCGAAAAGCUCACAAGCAUCGAAUCAGCAUUCUCGCAUCCAUCGACAAAAGUUGUCUUCAACUGCACCGGCAACGGCGCGCGUGACCUACCAGGCGUCCAGGAUUCAAAAUGCUAUCCCACCAGGGGACAGAUUCUUCUCACAAGAGCACCACACAUUGCCAAGAAUGUAAUGCGCCAUGGAAAAGAUUAUGAGACGUAUAUUAUUCCAAGGCCGCAGUCGAAUGGAAAUAUCAUCCUUGGUGGAUUCAUGCAAAAGGGCGUAGGUACUGGAGAUACUUUCUCAAGCGAAUCUGAAUCGAUCCUGAAACGCACUACGACUCUACUUCCUGAAAUACUUACAGGUGGUGCAAUGGAGGUUUUGGCUGCAUUUUCCGGCUUACGGCCAUCGCGUGAGGGCGGUGCUCGCGUGGAGAGGACGAGUAUUCCGCUUGAUGGAUCGGGUAGUGGCAUUUUGGUACACAACUAUGGCGCCAGUGGUACUGGGUUCCAAGCUGGUCUCGGCAUGGCAAAUGAGGCAGUAGGUACUGUAGAAGAUGUGUUGUCGAGUUUGCCGCAGGCGAAGAGCAGGUUAUAGUCCCAAUUUGAAAUGAAGCCGUAUCUCGUUACCACCAUG